AUGGCUGGCAAAGCAAUCCUAGACGAAGAGUUCGAGGUCCUCGACUCUAUCUUUCCUGAUGAGACUGAGAGGACGAGCGAUACCUCCCUCUCAAUCCGUAUCGAGCCCGAAGAACCCAACUCUGCCCACCCCCUAACCCUCAAUCUGGUCUUGACAUACCCCCCAACAUACCCCGAUGCCAUCCCCGAAAUCGCGCUCGAAUCCAUCUCUGAAGCAGAAGGCGAAUUCACAGAAUCCGAACGCGCCAAAGUGCUCGCAGAGCUCACCACCAUUGCGGAAGAGUCGAUAGGCAUGGCCAUGAGCUUCACCCUCGCCUCCGCCGCCCGCGAAGCCCUCGUGGUCGUCAUCGACGAGCGUAUCAAAUGGGAGAAAGAAGAAGACGACCGUAAAACCCGGGAAUACGAAGAGGCUGAAGCAGCCCGAACCCGCGGUACCCCCCUAACACCCUCAGCCUUCCAAUCCUGGCGUCUCGCCUUCUGCCGCGAACUCGCAGACAAACGCCAAAAAGCCGAGGAAGCCCGUAUCCGCGCCCUACCCCCCCGCGAGCGCGAAGACUACAAGAAACGCCAGGCCCGUUUAACUGGUAAACAGCUGUUUGAGAGUGGGAACAAGGCGGCGGUGGUGGAGGAUGAUAAUCUGUAUGAAGAGGGUGUGGAAGAGAUUGAUUUGAGAAAGUAUACGAGGGAGGAGAGGGAGGAGGAGAGGAGGAAGGAGGAGGAGGAGGAGGAGAGGAGGAGGAGGGGGUUGGUGGAAGGGGAUAGUGAUGGCGAGUAG